CGGUGAUCGGCUUUCAAGUUCCUCCAUUAACCAAACACACAAAACCACGUACUCCAAACGUCUCCUCUUUUUUUGACCUGGCGAACUUUAAUUGCCAACUGUCCUAUACCUAACCGGAGAGGAAUCGGAUUUUUGUAUAAAUAAAUUCAUCACUCCAAUCCUUAAACAAGCCAUCAUCUUCUUUAUCGAUUGUUCCUGAAGAAGUUGCAUCUGUAAUAUUUAACAAAAAAUAAUAUGACUAAGAGCAGCUUCAAGCAAGAGCAUGAUUUUGAGAAGAGGAGAGCUGAAGCUGCGAGAAUCAGGGAGAAAUACCCAGACAGAAUUCCGGUAAUUGUGGAGAAGGCUGAGAGAAGUGAUAUUCCCAAUAUUGACAAGAAAAAAUAUCUAGUUCCUGCUGACCUGACUGUGGGUCAAUUUGUUUAUGUGAUCCGGAAGAGAAUUAAACUGAGUGCAGAAAAGGCAAUUUUUAUAUUUGUGGACAAUGUUCUCCCACCAACUGGAGCAAUAAUGUCCACAAUCUAUGAUGAAAACAAGGAUGAAGAUGGAUUUCUCUAUGUUACAUACAGUGGGGAAAACACAUUUGGGUGUCAUGAGUUGCCAUAGCCAAGUUCUUUCAGUGUCUUCCGUUGUUACAAAUUGACAAGAUGAAGCUACCACCUCUCAUGUUUCCUAGGACUUCAAACAGUCCUGGCAUUAUGCCCUAUGAUUUAUGACCUUGUUGUCUUUCUUGUAAAGUUUGUAUGUUGUGUAUAGCUUUUCUGCAACUGAAAUGGUAUCAACUGCUAAACUUAAGUAAUAUCUUUGACAUGAUUUCUUUUUA